GUGGGUUUUCUGCUUUUAAGUUAAAAACAAUCAUGACAACCCCUUACGAACAGGAACGAUUAAAAAACAUUGAACUGAACAAGCAACUGAUUGCAGAACUCGGGAUCUCUAAAGCGAAAACUUCCUUCUCAUCAGCACCCACAAACACAAGUAGCGAACAACAGGCUGUCAAAAAGCCUCGUAAAACAUACACAGCUAAACCUAAAAAAGCACCCGUAGUACUAACAAUAAGAAAAUCUUCCAGACUCAGGGGAGAAAAACCAUUAGCUAUUGAGAUUGAUAAGGAGAACAACAUAGAAUUACUGGGUGAGGAAGUAAAGGAUGAUCCACGCUUGCAAGAUUUAAUGGAUGAAGGCAGAUUGCUGACAGCCGAAGAAUUUUUUAGCAAAGAAGUGAAAAGUAAGGCAAUUAUUGUGGACGGACAUUUUAAAGGCUGGGUAAACCCAGAGGUAAUGCAAAGACAUGGGAUUGAGCCAUCUGCUUCUGAAGCCUGGGAAAAGAACGGUGGUGGUGCUUAUUCUUUUGCUGAUCCUACAGGAAGUGGGAUCAAAAGAAAGAAAGGAUCUAUAUCUAAUGCAAAGAAUGAUGCCUUAAAGAUGUUCAAAAAAAAUCCCAACCAAUACUUCUAUAGACACAACGAACCUGGAGAGGAACAGUGGGUACAUGAUUGGUCAGAGGAAGAAAAAAAUCUCUUUCUAAAGGUUUCAAAAGAUCAUGGCUGUGGUGAUAAGUGGGGUUUGUUUGCUAGUUAUAUACCUCACCGUUUUGGAUAUCAAUGCAGUAGUUUUUACCGUAAUGAAAUAAUCAAGAAUGGAUUAGUCUUUGAUCCUAACUUUCAGUUUACUCCUUCGGGUGAGCCUGUUUAUGCUGGUUCGCAUCGUUCACGUCGUUAGAUAUGCAUAAAGAAAACGAUCAAGGAGACACUACACCAUUUUUAUGUAAUAAACGUCCUUCAUUUCCCUUUUCUCCUAUAUUUAGUCUGAUGCACGGAUGCUUGAACCCUGAAUAAAUAAAAUAAAUGCUCUACGGUGUCAUCCCAGGCGUCUC